CUCCCCUGCCUUGGACUAAUACUGGACUGCUGCCUGCGCUGUUCGUUGCUUCUCUUCUCUCCGCCUGUACCAGCAGCCAUGGAGGGAGCCUCGCCGCCUCCCCUGCCCUCCUGUUUCCUCUCCGCCCGAGGAGGAGGAGGAGGAGGUGGUGGCAGCGCCCGGUCUCGCGAGAUGGAGGGUGUGGAGGAAUCAAACAGGGAGGCAGUCCAGAGCUGCCACAAGGUGCUUGGCCUCCUCUCCAACCCCCAUGGCCAGCUCGUUCCCUACAAGGAUCUCAUGGAGGCCACAGGAGAUGCUGUCUCCAAAUUUGGCUCACUAGCCUCCAAGAUCACCAAUGGAGGUGGAGGUGGCCUCCAUGGCCAUGCCAGGUUUAGAAAGAAGAUCAAGAAGCCCAUGCCUAUGUUUGAUAGCAACCUCUUUUUGGAGAGCCCUGUAGUGGCUGCAGCAGAAGCAGCAGCCAAAACAUCGAACCUGAGCCCGAACACUAGUCUCCAGCUGUUUCCGAGGUACCAGCAGAUGGAGGGCUCCUCUUCGAAGGAUCCUGUCAGGAUCCCUGCCCAAUUCCCCCAAAGGUUGCUUCUAGAGAACCCUGUGGUUCAUUCAAAUGGGCUAGCCUCAGGCCGGCCACUACAGCUCGUCCAACCGGUGUCUGUUGCGCCCCCGGCGGGGACGCCAACACCGGCAUUGCCAGCGGCACAUCUCCAUUUCAUCCAGCAGCAGCAGAGCUACCAGAGGUUUCAGCUCAUGCAUCAGAUGAACUUGCAGAGUGAGAUGAUGAAGAGGGGUGGCCUUGGUGAUCGAGGUGGUAGCACUAGUGGUGGUAAGGGUGUCAAUUUGAAGUUUGACAGUUCUAAUGGCACAGCAUCAUCCUCCCGUUCAUUCCUGUCAUCUCUGAGCAUGGAUGGGAGUAUCGCUAGCCUGGAUGGCAGCCGCUCCAGCCGUCCUUUCCAGCUAGUUAGUGGUUCGCAGACGUCAAGCACUCCGGAGUUGAGCAACAUGCAGAGGAGGAGGUGCGCUGGCAAGGAGGAUGGGAGUGGCCGCUGUGUGACUGGGAGCAGGUGUCACUGUGCCAAGAAAAGGAAACUGAGGAUAAGGAGGUCUAUCAAAGUACCUGCAAUCAGUGAUAAGGUCGCUGACAUCCCGGGUGAUGAGUUCUCGUGGAGGAAGUAUGGACAGAAGCCAAUAAAGGGAUCCCCGCAUCCUAGGGGUUACUACAAGUGUAGCAGCGUGAGGGGCUGCCCGGCGAGGAAGCAUGUUGAGAGGUGCGUCGACGACCCUGCGAUGUUGAUCGUUACCUAUGAAGGCGAUCACAACCAUAACCGAGCAGUACCCCAGCCAGCCUGACCUGUUGUCAGGCCUUCAGCCGCAGACAGCUUCAAUAGCUUCUGUUUCUAGAAAAGAGAUGAAAAAGAAGAAAGCCUAGUUUUGUACAUAUUCUUCUGUUCCUAACUGCUGGGGAGGGAUAGGGGAGAGUCAACCUUCGGAGGAGAAAUCCAUGGCGAAAGGGAUUUAUCGCGUAGACAGUCGAUGCAGUGUUUCUGGUCAAACUCAUAAUUUUUGUAGCCUUUUUCUUUUGGUCCCUUUCUAUCUGUUCGUGUUGGUGUUAGGACUGUGCCGUGCGGUGUAAACAUUGAGCUGCAGUUGUAUGUCGGGGGCGUGGUGUUACUGUAAACUCUGCAAAGGGAUUGGUGAGGUAGGGAUGCAGCAGGCAGUGCUUGUUAAAGUUGGAACACCUAGGAAACUAAAUGUACCCUCAUCUUCGGUCAAUUGGUGCAAUUGUGUGGAUGGUAAUUACCUGGUAGGUCGAUGUGUGUUUUGUUGGUA